AUGAAUGGAAGCUCUACUGAGAAGUUCAAGCCAGAAAAAGGUUUGAGACAAGGAGAUUCUCUUUCUCCUUACCUCUUUCUCAUGGUGGUGGAGAUACUAUCAAAACUAAUGAAUGAUGCAGUGGAAAGAGGUCAGCUUAGUGGUUUCAAAGUGGCUGAUACUGGUACAGUAAUAUCCCAUCUGCAGUUUGCUGAUGAUACUCUCAUAUUCUUGAAUGCCAAUUCUGAUAAAGUUACAAGGCUUUUCAUUAUUCUAUCAAUUUUGGAAGCACUUACAGGUAUGAGAUUAAACCUUGAGAAGAGUACCAUGAUCAGUGUUGGUGCAGAUGAUGUUAUAGAAGUUCUAGCUAAAGAAUUAGGCUGUAAAACUAAAAACCUUUCUAUAAAGUACCUUGGUCUCCCUAUUGGUGUUAGUUCAAGAUUUAAAUGGGUGUGGAAAUACUCAAGACAAAAGAAAGUGCUAUGGAGGAGGAUUGUGCAACAGAAAAUGAAAGCUGCUGAGGAUGUGAUGCUGCCAACAAUUGAUGAUGAAGUUCAAGGCAAGAGUUUGUGGAAAAAUGUCUCAAGCAUGGUCCCUGAACUUCAAAACUUUAUGAGUUUCAAGAUGAGGAAUGGAAAAGGUAUAAGAUUCUGGUAUGAUAAAUGGUUGGUGAAUGGAUGUAUUAAAGAUCUUUUCUCGGUUAUUUUCAAAGCUUGCACAAAGGAACAAGCUUCUGUGGCGGAUAUGAUUUCUCCAGGAAGAUGGUCAGAGAUUUGGGUAAUGUCUAUGCUGGUUGAUGGUGAUGAUGAAGUGGAGUUUUGUGAUUAUUUCUCAACUAAAGCUUGCUACGAUGCUCUAGCCGGUCCAAUGGAAGUUUGUAGCUACCGUAAGUUCUUGUGGAAGAACGACCUUACCUCUAAAGUUGGUUUUAUGCUGUGGGCAGCUUUUAACAAUUCUCUACCUACAAGAGAUAUGUUGAGGCAUAGAGGCGUGGAAAUUGAUAGCUCUCUUUGUGUGAUGUGCAAUACGGUGGAUGAGUCUGCAGAUCAUUUAUUUCUGCAUUGUCAAACGACCUUUAAAGUUUGGGAUAACUUCAUAAAAGCAUUUCAUAUCUCUUGGACUUUUCCUGGUAGCAUAUUAUAA